AUUUUGCUUACAUAGCAUAAAAUUGCAAUAAUGACCGAAGUGAGGAAGGACGAUGUCGUGAAAAUUCUUCACACUUAUCCGUUUUGUAGAAAGUGUGAUAUGUCCGACGAGAUGAAGCAAGAGGCGAUGGAAUUAUGCGUGACUGCAGCAGAAAAGUACGCGGACAACUAUGAGAGCGUGUCUCGAAUGAUCAAGGAGACCAUGGAUAAGAAAUUCGGUGCGUCGUGGCACACUGUCGUUGGCGAAGGCUAUGGCUUUGAAAUAACUUAUCAAUUGAAGCAUCUUCUGUAUAUGUACUGUGCCGGCAAUUUGGCAAUAUGCAUAUGGAAAUCCGCAUAGUGCAAUUUUGGCACUUAUAAUUUAUUUAUAUGUAUAUAUGUAUUUAUAUACGCGCACAUAAGUGUUUGAUUGUAUAUGUAAAAAUACUUUUAUGCGAGUGAGCGAAACGUGUAUAUGUAAGAUAAAUUGUUACGAGAAAAGAGGAAAAGAAGACGUUUUUAAUAUCUUAUAUAUAAGUGUGGGUCCAAUUGUGUUUAUAAAUCACAAUCAAAUACUAUCAUAAUUAAAUACUUACAUAUUGGAAACAAAAUAUGAUGAUAAUCCAAUUCAGACGAUAAUCUAAUUCAGAUUGUAUAUAAUACAAAAUACAACAAUUAAUAGAAAUA